AUGCACUUCCGAGGAAGACGAUUUUUUAAUUUUCGCCUUCGAAUUCUUUCUAAAUUUAUUGUUAUCCUGAUACUUACUUGUUUCAUGUUAUUCAGUAUUUAUGUCACAAAUCGAAAUAAAAAUCAUCUUGAUCUAAUUACUAUAGAAGGAGCAGGCACAGAACUUUAUGAUUUUGGUGUUAAUGUUGUUGUAUUUAAAAAUGUUUUUAUUGAUCCAUCUAAAGUCGUUGGUGCAAUUGGUGGCGAAGAUCCUAUGAAAGUCGCUAACCAACCAGAAUCUUAUGAACUCUUGGAAUUUCAAUAUGGAUUUAUCAAAACUAGUGUUAAGCCAAAUAUAAAAAAAGAACAAUUACGUUCGUAUGAAACUAAUGUAAUUACGUUUCUCAAAUCGGUGGAGGUACUUGAUUCCACGAACUUGGAUACAACCAAUAUCUAUAAGGAAAAAAUUGUCUUUUUAAUUACACGUGUAGAAUAUGCUAAUUUAUAUCAUACAAUGACUGAUUGGUAUAAUACUUAUUUAACAAUGAAAUUACUUAAUUUAUCCGUUAAUAAUAUACAUUUAUUAAUAACUGAUGGACAUCCUAUAGGUAAUUUAGAUGAAGUAUGGUAUCAAUUAUUUAAUUAUUCUCUAUCAAGAAUUGGUGCCUAUAGACAAAUUACAAAUUAUAUUCAUCAUAAUAAUACAAAUUUAUUACCAAUAUUACCUAUGAAUAAGAAUUAUUUAUUACAUAUACAUAAACUUGUUAUAAUACCAUAUGGUUAUUCAAGUCCAUUAUAUGUUGAUAAACCACUUUUAUCUAAUAUGUAUAUUGAAGAAUUUCGUCAAUUUCUUCUUCAGAGUUAUCAUUUCAAUAUUAAUGAUAAUUUAUGUUAUAAACACAUAGUAACUAAUUAUCAAUUACCACAAAUUAUUAUUAUUAGUCGACGUGAUUAUAUUGCACAUCCACGUAAUUUGAAUGGACAUAUUAGUAGAAAAAUCAAUAAUGAAUUACAAUUAUUAAAUCAAUUAAAACAAUUAGGUUUUACAAAUUCAUUAAUUAUUGAUUUUAUUAAUUUAACUAUCAGUGAACAAUUAAAUUUAAUUAUUAAUACAGAUAUAUUAAUUGGUAUGCAUGGUGCUGGUUUAACUUAUAGUUUAUUAUUAUCAAAUACAUCAAUGUUAAUUGAAUUAUUCCCUAAUUAUUGUUGUAUUAAUAAUCAACAUUUUAUUAAAUUCACUAAAUUACGUCAUAUUGAUUAUUAUGCUUAUUAUGGUUUAUCAAUAAAUGAUAAUAAACAAUUAGAAUCAACUUAUAUACCGAUUGAUGAUUUUCAAACAAUCAUAUUACAAACUUAUAAGAAAUGGAAAGAAAAUUGUAUGAAAAUAAAUGAAAAAAUAAAAAACAAAGAGUAG